AUGAACUUCCUCGGAAUGGGUCGACCUCAGCCUACCUCGGAGCAAAAGAUUGCUGCCGUGGAGAGCGAGAUGCGCAUGAUGGCUGAUACCUACAACCGUCUCCAGCAGUCUUGCCAGAAGAAGUGCGUUCCUACCGACUACCGCGAGGGCGAGCUCAACAAGGGCGAGUCCGUCUGCCUCGACCGUUGCACAGCCAAGUUCCUCGAUACAUCGAUGAAGGUUAGCGAGAUUAUGCAGCAGCAGGGCCAGGCUCUCGGUGGUGGCAUGCCACAGUAA